CUCGAUAGUCUCAGUACUGUUUGAUAGUUAGAGUCAACAAAAUGUCGAACAUCUCGUGUCUCCUCUUUUGCAUUAUUUGGAUAACAAUAUUUGAUAAUGUGCAGUUUGCAAAAACCGAAGAUGUUCUGGAUAAGAUAAAAACAGGAUUGCGAUACGCAAGUAACUAUCUAGAAACAGCUAAGGACAUUGCUGAUUUAGUAUCUAAGAGUUUAGGGCGCAAACAGAAACAGAAGCGUGGUGAGGAUGAAAAUGAUGAUACAAAACAGCCAUUUGGUCCUUCAAAUCUCGUUUCUGCAUUCUUUCAUCUCAUUGGACUUGAUUCGCAAAAAGUCACAGCAAUCGCAGUCAAUAGCGUUAUUUUUCUUGCACAGAUGAUAAGUUCGCUUUUUGGAUUAAAAUCACAAGGUAACAUAGAUAACAGAGCCAAAAAUAUAGAUGACGAAGAACUCGCUUGGGAUCCUUUAAAGUUUACUCUAGAAAAUAAAAAUGAAAAAAUUCGAAAUUUGGUUGAUCAAGCAAAAAAUCCAAAUCUACCAAAUCAACUAAUAGCAAGAAUGGCUGAUCCUGAUUCCGCUUGUAUAAGAUUAUUGAUAUGCAAAUCGUCUCCGGUCAUAAGAGCGGCGCAAAAUUCCCUUAAUAACAAAUCGCAGGAUCAUAUGCAUCGAUUAAUCGCUUGGCUACCGUCUAAAGAGGAAUUUGAAACAAACAGCGACAAAUGCGAGGAUAAUCAUACCGAUUGUAGUUUAUUUUCGUCGUAAUAACAAUCGUUGCGAAGAAAAGGUGAAAUUUCUUAUUAGGAAAUUCAAAAAUUCUUGUGCUAGUUGUAGUGUAAAAUCUUGUGUGAAAUGAAAUAAAUAUUUCCAACAGCG